CCCGCGUGUGGCCCCGCUGCCGGCGGAGGGAGGGAGGCAUCGGGAAGUGGCGCCGGGGCCCCUCCCUGGAGCGACGCGGCCGCGCUAGGCCCCGGCCCCUCGCAGCUGGCGCGGCAGAGCCGAGCUCAAUGGCGACCUCCAGCCCCUGCAUCGUCAUUGAUGAUCAUGAAAAAGGUUAUGACCUGGACUUGUUCUGCAUACCUAAACAUUAUGUAGAUGAUUUGGAAAAAGUCUAUAUUCCUCAUGGACUUAUUAUGGAUAGGACAGAAAGAUUGGCACGAGACAUUAUGAAGAGCAUGGGGGAACAUCAUAUUGUAGCCCUCUGUGUACUGAAGGGUGGCUAUAAGUUUUUUGCUGAUUUACUGGAUUAUAUCAAAGCACUGAAUAGAAAUAGUGACAAAUCUAUCCCUAUGACUGUGGACUUCAUCAGGUUAAAGAGCUAUUGUAACGAUGAGUCAACUGGAGAGAUAAAAGUAAUUGGUGGGGAUGACCUCUCAACCUUGACUGGAAAGAACGUCUUGAUUGUAGAAGAUAUAAUUGAUACUGGUAAAACAAUGAAAACAUUGCUGUCUCUGCUGAAGCAGUACAAUCCAAAGAUGGUAAAAGUAGUCAGCUUAUUGGUAAAAAGAACUCCUCGAAGUGUGGGAUAUCGGCCUGACUUUGUUGGAUUUGAAGUGCCGGACAAGUUUGUUGUGGGUUAUGCCCUUGAUUAUAAUGAAUACUUCAGAGAUUUGAAUCAUAUUUGUGUGAUUAGUGAGACUGGGAAACAGAAAUACAAAGCGUGAGAGCAUAGUUCAAGUGCUAUGACAACAGAGCUUUGCAACAUUUUAUUUCCUGAGUCCUAUUUUAACAGAUUCAAGUCUGAAACACCAGCUAACUGUGUAGAAUGUCCCAGCCUCAUUGUCAUAUGCUCACUAUAGCUUAUUCCGUGUACAGUAUAAGAAACUUGUCUUGUUCAUUUAUAGUUUUGAAAUGUCAAAUAAUUAGUGCAAUUCUGAUUUUCAUCUGCACUAUGAAUCUAUCAACUAUCGCUACCCCUCAAUGGGUUGUGUUGUUUGUGAGCUGCACUCUUGAAGUGGUGAAUUGCUUAAACCUAAUCGACCCGCAGCUGAAAUAAUU